UUCCAAGAACCCCUUCUCUUCUUCUCUUUCCACAUAUAUAAAUAUUGACUCAAUUCCUUGCCUCAUCCAUAAACAAUUGCAUCCAAAUCUUUAUUUGAUAAUCUUUCUUUCUCUCUCUCUAAAUCCCAAAAAACAAUGGCAGGAGUUGGCAAAGGUGCUGUUUUUGAAGAUUUGCUACCUGUUAUGGCUGACAAGCUUGGUGGUGAGGGGCUGAUAAGGGAGCUGUGUAAUGGGUUUCAGUUGCUGAUGGACAAGGACAAGGAGGUAAUCACUUUGGAGAGCCUGAGGAAGAACUCUAGGCUUCUGGGUCUGCAGGACUUGAAGGAAGACGAGCUUGUGAGCAUGGUUAAGGAAGGUGAUUUGGACGGUGAUGGUGCACUGAAUCAGAUGGAGUUUUGUGUGUUAAUGUUCAGACUCAGCCCUGAGUUGAUGGAAGAGUCUCAGUUCUGGCUUGAGGAGGCCUUGGAACAGGAGCUCAAGAAUGCUAGCUAGAUUUUGAUCAUUGCUGAUUUCAUAUGCGACCAGGGCAGUAUUUUGCAGUUACAAGGCAGAGUGAGGCAGACGACAGCAUCUUGAUUUUAUUUGUGAUUAAACUGACAUUUGUAAAGUGAAACAUUGCCUUGGUGUAGUGUUCCCUUUCUGACUUUUCAUUGUUGUUCAUGUUCUUUAGUGUUUAUUCAUGUUGAGAUUGAUUAGAAAAUACAGACAUUUCUUUUUCUUCUCUUUUUGAGGAAUAAAAUACAGACAUUUAUGUAAAUGGCAAUUGGGUAUUUGAGUAUCAAAUAAUUUAUACGUAAAGUAUUACAAUCA